AUGAGAGAUUUCACAAACGCUAAAAAUCACUGGCUCAAUCAGACUCAAUUUAGGAAGCAAAAAGUCUUAGAACGAGCUCAAGUUUGGGUGAAUGAACAAUUUGAAUUGUGGAUGAACCAGCAAUUGGACGACGUUACAAAGACUCCAACUCAUAAGUCAAUCCCUUCAUCUUCAAUUCAAUCCUCUGGUUUACUCACUCCACCUUCAACUGCCACAAAAGCCAAGAUGAAAGCACCAAUGUCACCAACUUCACCAACUGCCCAAUCUCCUUAUCCGAAAGACUUCUUGAAGAGUCUCACCAGCACUCCAACAAAGUUGUUACCAAACUUACCAAGCAAGUCAAGACCAAAAACACCUUCAGAUGCUUUGAAAAGGAUGGCUUCUUACAAUAGUUCACAAUCUUUAUUACGCACUGCACCAGUUAAACGCUCACGAGUUAAGUCUCCUUCACCACCACCGAAAUCAAUAAAGAGGGCUAAAACAUUGAAUGAUGAAGAUGAUGUUUUCAAGACUCCUUCCAAACCAACUCAUACUAAAGAAGCACCACAAUCAUUAACAAUGGCAGAAAGGAAAAAGAAUUUAGAAGCUAGUAUACGCGCCAAACAAGAUCUCAAACUCAAAGCCAGAGGUGAUCAACUAUAUGGUAACGAUAAGGAAUCACAUGCAAUUAAGUCUCAAGAAUUUCAACGCCGUAGUAGAUUGAGUAGGUUGCCAGCAGUAGCGGAGGCGGUUUAUUUGUGGGUUUCUUUUCUUUCAAACAUUGACAUACCUAACAAGCCUAGAUUGUUCGCGCCAAACGUUUCAUCUGUGGCUUCUUCUCCUUCUGCUAGUCUACCAACACCUACAUCACGUAAGAGAAGAGCGAGACCGUUACAAGAAGUUGCUUCUGUGAUUGUCAAAUCAAGCAAAGUUGCGAUGUCUGCUGCUGAAGCAGUCGAUUCAUUGAAGAUGCUCUGCAACCUCUGCCCAGACUACUUAUUCAUGAGAGUCGUUGAUAAAGUCGAAUAUCUCGAAAUGCCAACGAACAUCACCGAGAAAGGCUACGCCGCCAUGUUCUCCAAAAUCGCCAAAAUCGCCCUUAAGCGGAACUGUGUUUGA